CCUCCUUCUCCCUCUGUUUCUCCAUCAUCCCGCAUCGCGUUAUUCAUCAUCGCGUGGUUACUUAUCUACCGAAUCAUCCAUCUUUACUGAUCAGUGUUUUUGAUCCAACCUUUUGAAGCAGACUCUCGGACUCUGCCUUCCGUUGCUACCAAUCUUGCAACGCCACACCUGGACUCACGUACGGAGUUCAGCUUUGCCAACUUGCCAACUUGCCAACUCGUGUUCCAUUGCUCUAUUCAUCUCGAAUCAACAUGUCGGGUAAGCUGGACAAGUCGCUCGACGAGAUCCUCGUCAACCGUCGCCAGGGCGCUCGUCGUGGCUCUGGUCGCCGCGCGGCUGCCCCCAAGCCCGCCCCUGCUGUUGGCGGAGUGAAGAAGAACACGAAGGCGGUCAAGACCGCUGCAAAGCCCGUCCACCACAAUGGACGACCUAGAGUGACUGAGAGUAAAAUCAUGGUCAGCGGUUUGCCGGCCGAUGUGAAUGAGGCCAAUAUCAAGGAUUACUUCACACAAUCUGCAGGUCCCGUGAAGCGGGUGAUGCUCACCUACAACCAGAACGGCACCAGCCGAGGCAUCGCUUCGAUCGUUUUCAGCAAGCCCGAGACUGCGGCCAAGGCUGCGAAGGAUUUGAAUGGACUGCUCGUUGACGGAAGACCCAUGAAGAUUGAGGUUGUUGUUGAUGCCUCUAGCGCUCCCAACGUUCCCGCACCGAAGCCGCUCGGUGAGCGCGUGAUUCAAAACAAGCCCCAGCCGAAGCCUGCCACAGCCACCAAGACUGCCGGAGCCACGCGCGGGCGUGGUGGUCGCGGUCGCCGCCGCGGAGCUGCUGCUGGCGGUCGUGCAAACCGCCCCAAGCCCAAGACGGCCGAGGAGCUGGAUGCCGAGAUGGUCGAUUACUUCCAGUCGACGGAGAACUCCAACCCCGCCGAGGGUGCCGCCCCUAACGGCAACGCCCAGCCUGCCGCCAACGGUGGAGAGGAUAUGGGAAUGGCGGAGAUCUCCUGAGCGCUUAUGAUACCAUUCCGUCGAGUCUGACGGAGGACCUCUUGUUUCCUUUUCAUGACGUGUUUUUCUAGUUUUUCUACUUCUUGUUAUCGGUUUUCUUUUCGUUUUUUUUUUAAGACGCCCUUUGGGUUAUGAUGGACGGGGGUGCAGAGAAUGUAUGUAUUUAAUAACAGCCGCAAUGAAUGUGGAGAAUUU